AAUGUCACUGCUUAUAUAAAUAUGGUGUGCGACACGCUCAGGAAUUCUAUUCCGAAGGCUGUGGUUUACUGCCAAGUAAGAGAAGCCAGGAGAUCACUUCUAAACUACUUCUACAGUCAAGUUGGGAGGAGAGAGAAGGAGAGGCUUGGUGCAAUGUUGGACGAGGACCCACAGCUCAUGGACAAGCGAGCAACCUUAGCUAAAAGACUUGAGUUGUACAAGCAAGCUAGAGAUGACAUUGAUUCUGUGGCCUGGAAAUAGCAAUCUCUGAUUCUAUAACAAUUAUGCAGGCUUGCAAAUUUUUUAUGCUUAAAAAAGCUUCACAGCCUAAAUCUUCUCUCAACUUUGCACAUUCUUUUGUACUCAAUUUUGAAAAGUAUCGAGUUUACUUUGGAUU